AAUCGAUACAUAAUGGUUGACAGUAUAAAAUUCCGUCAUUUAACACUGUAUUCAAUGAAAUCUUUGCAGCAGUGCUGAGGUUUGUAAGCGCGAACAAUUGGAACAUUUGUGAACUCCAAUUCCCACAAUGCACCUCCGUUCCACUUCCUUAUGUACGUCAGACGUAACAUGGCCGCUUUCAUAAUAAUUUCACGUUCGACUUAUCCAUAGCUUGUUGUGUUUUUUGCCACAUUCCUCAACCCAUAUUUCGCUUAAACUUGCUCGGAUGAAAGCUCAACAUAAUGCCCAAAUAUUACGAGGAUAAAGAGGAGGAUGGCCGCGCCUGCGCUGGCGUAAGAGAAGAUUUCAAAGCCUGUCUCCUUCAGCAUGACUGUGUAGUGAAGGACGGUAAGAAGCCCAGUGAGUGUCUGAAGGAAGGACAUUGCAAAGGCUUGCAAGUGUCUUUCUUUGAAUGCAAGAGAUCCAUGCUGGACACCCGAUCUCGAUUCCGAGGCCGAAAGGGAUACUGAAUUACACCUUCAAUGUGUAUAACAUGUUUUGUAACAAAAUCACAAGACGUGCUCUCAAAUGUGUAAAUACUAUGCUUUUUAAGCAAACUUGUCUUGUGAAAAAUAGUUGUCAAUGACUCAUGAUGCAGUUCAUGAACAAAAUGAACUGCAUCAACACCAGAAAUCAUAAAAUAAAACAGAUUUCCAAUUCUGAA